AUGGCCAGACGUGCAGCUCGUGCAAGCCGUUUGCGAGGUCUUCAAUGCGGCCUCCUGUCGCUCUUCGUUGGGCAUCUGACGUUUGCACAGGUGAAGCCCCAAACUGUUGACGUGACCAGCUCGGAUCGCGCAGUUUCCGCUUCCAACGAAGGGGAGGCCGAGCGCCUUGCGGCAAAAGACGCAUUGCUGCAGAGCUUGAAGUCUCUUGACCGGGGCUUCAAGGCCAGCGAGCAGCAAAGGUUGGAGGUGUCCAAGCAGAUCGAUGCCUUGGUGCGUUGGAAUCCAAGUGCCGAGCCCGCGAAGAAGCUGGGUGGAGAAUGGACCUUGAUCUACACUGAUGCACCGGACAUUCUGAGCAUCCCCACCUCGCCCUUCGCCUCCAUUGGGAGGAUCGGCCAGGAGAUUGAUUCAGAGCAAGGUGUGAUCGCCAAUGUCAUUGAGUAUCGGCCAUCCACCUUCGCCACUGGCUUAAAAGAAUCAGCCUCUGAGGACCUCUUGGUGCAACGAGUCUUCACAGACUACGUGGUGGAGUCUGCAAGCUCGGUUGAACUGAAGAUCCGUGGACUGGGUAUUCAUCCCAGUCGGAUCCUGGGCUUUGAGGUGCCAGAGGUCCGGGAGCAGCGGAUGGUCGCUCGGGUGGCCUCGGAGUUGGCGGCUAAGCGCCAUGCCCUCGCAACUGAGGGCUUCGUAGUCUUGGAGCAGUUGGUGGAUUUGGAGAGCAUCGAGCGGUUACGGAACUUGGUUCAAGGCGAUAUGGAGACCCUUUGGCCUGCUGGUCUGGUCGACUCGACACCCGUGAAGCCCGACGCAGCGCCCACGAUGCGCGUCGUCGACUUGAAGGCAAUGAACUUCGGCUAUGGCAAGUUCGCAUAUCUUCAAGAGCCGCUGCCCCGGCCCAUGAACGCCCUGCGCGAGGCCUUGUAUGAGGCUCUGGCACCAGCGGCCAAUGCGCAGAUUGAGAUGUUCCGCGCGGAGGUUUCCCCCAAAGUCCUCGCGGUGGAGACAUAUCCACCAAAGAUGAGCGACUUCUGGGAGAUCUGCCGCUCAGCCAAGCCGCCACAGCGGCUGCCGACUUCCAUUUGCCUCAGGUACUGCCCCAGCGGGUUCAUGGAGGCGCACCGAGAUCUGCAACGAUCGAUCAUGUUCCCGUGGCAGGCCAUGUGCCCCCUGAGCAACCCAGGCGAAGACUACGAGGGUGGCGAGUUCUUCGUUCAGCCGGGCAAGAAAGAUGUUGGACGACAGUAUUGUCAGGAGCUGUUCAAGGGCGACGUGGUGAUCUUUCGGAGCGGCCUAUAUCAUGGCCUGGAAGCUUUGAAGAGCGGCCAGCGCUUUGCGAUCGCCAUGCAGUUUGGCUUGUCCAACUUGAUGGAAAGUCCGUCCCUACCCAGGAGGACUUGGGAGCAGAAGCAGCAGCUCGCCCGAAGAACCUUGGCUGAGAAAGAAGGGACAUGGAUCCCAAGUUGA